GAUUGGCAGACAGGGGUAGAGAACACUGAGUGGAGGUUAAUGGAAGAAUUGGCAGAGAGGGGUGGAGGACACUGAGUGGAGGUCAAUGGAGGGAUUGGCAGAGAGGGGUGGGAAGGACACUGAGUGGAGGACACUGAGUGGAGGUCAGUGGAGGGAUUGGCAGAGAAGGGUGGAGGACACUGAGUGGAGGUCAAUGGAGGGAUUGGCAGAGAGGAGUGGACGACACUGAGUGGAGGUCAAUGGAGGGAUUGGCAGAGAGUGGUGGAGGACACUGAGUGGAGGUCAAUGGAGGGAUUGGCAGAGAGGAGUGAAGGACACUGAGUGGAGGUCAAUGG